AGCUCAGCGAACUGCCUCGCAUCCCUUCGUAAGACUCAAGUAUGUGGUGCACGAGGUGGUUUUUGCCGCUGUUGCUGUUACCACUCCCUACCGCCCCCCCAUACUUCUUAGUUUUGUUUCUUUUUACACUUGCGCUACACGCGAGGCCAUGUUUCUAUUGCAUCAUUCUCCUCGCUGCGCUUUUUCUCAGUUCAUGCUACUGGCAGUCGUUCCCCUUGCACGCACCUCUCUCAGCUCCAUGGGCAGACAAUAUCACGACCUUCCGCGAAGCGCUAAAUGCUAGCGUUUCACAAACCCUCGACAUGUAUGAAGUCGUACCGCCAAUCAUACGGGUUUCCGACAGAUGUUGGUGCGAUUUUGCGUUUGGAGUCUUCGAACCCUACGAUGUACAGAAAUGGGAAAGGGAUAGUGUGGAGAGAGCGGUGGCCGAGAUAGAAAAUCAACUCAAAACCCGCCUUGAAAACCGGUCAGACGAAACGAUGUUCGCAUCGACGUUGGACGGCGGUGAGGCAGGGUCAAUGUCUCACUCGCAAAAGUCACCAGAGCAGCGUGCUGUACCGUUGAAGGAGUCUCUGUUUAUCCUUCGAAGUUUGUUCGGAAGAGGUCGCUCGAACGAUGUAACAUCCAUGUCUACCUCAGAUUCCCCGCAGACAUCAGAGACGACAUCAGAAGACCCCGCAGAGCGACUGCCUCCUGUCGAAGCAUCUGCUCCCGACAACCCCCUUUUCCCUGGGCAAUUGGACUUGCGGCCUCACGGAUUCGACGUCAUACUUGACUUUCGAUGGUCCAGAACCGCAUAGCGAGUCGUUCAUGUGAUCUUGGGUUGGCGGUGUAAUAUAUCUGGGCUCACUCAUUCUGAGGGAUAGGUCCGCAUUCUGAGCGUGACGUGAUAUCAAUCCGUACGCCCAGGGAUGAUUGACCUGUUUUUUUGGGAGUUGCGGUAUUUAUGGUGCUAGGAUGUUUGGCCGGUGCAUUGUGGGGCCAGAACUAGAUGUAUGCCAUCGUAACAUAUCUGCUGUACUACUAAUGACAGUUUACUUCUGGUCGUCCGCCGUGCCAUGAAUAGCAGU